GCAAAGAUGCUGAUUGUGGCAGCAGCAGCACCAGCAGCAGCAGCAGCAGCAGCAGAAGCAGCAGAAGCAGCAGAAGCAGCAGCCCUGUCUGGAAGCAAAAGGAAAAGGGCUGGAGGAGCUGCUGUUGGAGUAUCAAAUCAAAGCAAGCACCAGCAGCAGCAGCAGCAGCAGCAAAAGUAGCAGCAACAGCAGCAGCAGCAGCAAAUGCACCUGCAGAAAGAAUUACAUUCUUUGGGCUGCCGCUGCAGUAUGUGGAGACCCCCAGGUUAUUCUGCGCAUCCAAAUUGCUGCUGCAGCAGCUGCCACUGCCUGCAGCAGCAGCAGCAGAAACAGCAGCAGACACAAGACCAGCAGCAGCAGAGGGUGCUGCAGCUGACGAGCUUUCAGCAGCAGCAGACACGCACGUCGCAGCAGCACCGGAAGAAGCGGCAGCACCAGCAUCAGCAGCAACAACAACAACAGCAGCAGCAGCAGCAGCAGCA